UGUACCCAAUGUAAACAGUCCAACAAGGUGCAGCUCUCCAGUGGUGUAAGGGUAGGAUUGGCAACACAUGAUUAGAAACCAGGGGGUGAUAAGGAAGAGAAGGACAGUUAGGUUAUCUCUGCUUCCAGAUGGGAUCCCAACCUACUCUGCAUUUCUGUGUUGGCUUUAUGAGAGCCAACUUCUUUAAAAGGGCUUUUUAAGCUCUUGACCAGGGAGUACUCAUCCUGACACAUCACUCCUCAGGGGACAACUGCCUUAGACUUCUCCAAGCCAUGAUUUUCUUCCUUUUUGCAAGAACAAGAACACUGGAUACCUUGGAAUUAAAAGAGCUAUUAAGGUGACGGACACUCACAUCAGCUGGAGUUGGUGCAACAGACCUUUCCUUAUGGAUUGUGGGCACAUUUCUACCAGUAAAUUGUCUGCUUGGAUGAUUAAUGACUUCUGAAUUGCUGUAAGAAUCUGGUGAAUGAUCUUUGGUUGAAGAACUGUCACCAAAACCUGAGUGCAAAUUACAAACUGCAGAAUUUUCCAGUUCAGGAAAAAAGGGAAAGAAACAGAUGUAAAUGACCUCUUCUUGAACAAAAUGUUCUUUCCAGUGCCUUGGGUGGACUCUAGGAAGCCAGUGCUGCUGGGCAGCCUCCUGUUGCUGAUCUCCUCACAAAUAUUGGCUAUGUCCCCCAUCCUGAUGGAUAUGGCUCUGAAUUCUUUUGAUGACCAGUAUCUGGGGUGCAGAGAGGAAAUGAUGGAAGAACUGGAGCAAGGAGACUAUUUUCAAAAGGAAAUAGCUGCUAACAAGGACUAUUUGAGCCUCUGGAAGAAGGCUCAGGAGGCUUUGUUAAAGAGCCCUGUAGGUCUCCUGAGGGAGAUGCAUGACAGCCAUGGUAUAGUCCUCAUGGCUUACACCAUGAACUCUUCCCUGCACUCUCAGCUGAACUCGGCUACAUCUACAGCAGGAAUCUCUCCAGAGCACUACAGACACAAUUUCAGUUUCAAAUAUUUUCACUUUUACCUAACAACUGCUAUCCAGAUAAUGAAGGAAUGGCAGAGCAGCAAGGAAAGCAUGGGGAAACAUAAGUGCUACCAGGUGCACAGGGGUGUAAAAGACUUAUAUAUCGAGGCCACGGUAGGCAGCAGGGUGCGAUUUGGCCGUUUCACUUCCGCCUCCCGCCUCAGGAGUGAAGCCCAGAAGUUUGGGAAUGAAACUUUGUUUACAGUGACUACUUGCCUGGGAGCAGCUAUGCAAGGCUUUUCUUACUACACAUCUGAGAAGGAAGUCCUCAUUCCCCCUUAUGAGAUAUUUCUUGUCAAAAACUUCAUUCAGACACAGGAUGGUAACCGGCUGCAUCUUCAUUCUGUGGGGAACUACAGCAAGUACCACUGCCAGCUGGUGGAAGGUAUUGUAUACAGCCUCUCCUACGCGGUGGGGGCAAGGACAGUCUGGUCUCCACUACCCCAAGCAGCCCUCACCGGUUGCACCUACACAGGGUCACACUCAAGGGCAAAUCUGUAGCUUGCCUGCUAUAUUCACCUACAAGAGCCAUAUGGCCCAGAUUUUACCCAUUUGCUGUGAAACCUGGGAGAACUCCACAGGUCACUAAAGAUGAAGCCACCUGAUACACAUCAGGUCUCAGGGUUCUUUGCAGCCUCCAUUUGUCCCAGGUGCCUUUGCAAGGAUGUUGUAGGACUCACGCAUUUGGGUCCCCAGUGUUCUUAUUGCAAAGGCAGGCGAGAUUUGCUGGCAGUUUGAACCCAGAUAUUUAUGCUGGUGGUUUGCAAGGCUGCUACACUUCCAGCAUCAGGACUACUCUAGUCCACUACCACUUUGUGAAGCUACUACUUAUCUCUGUCAAGCUGAGGUUAGUGUAAACAAACUAUUGGUGCCUUAACUGUGAUCUCUCUCCUGAGACAGAAGGGAGAAAAGGUAUCCUUUGGCAAGGAACACACUGAGUUUCCUGGCUAUAGGGAUAAGUCUGUGCUGGAAGACCUCAUUGGGCCUGUUCCACAUCUCCAUCUUUCUGUAAGUCCACCACCAAUACUGGACUCUUGCUUUUAUCUCUUUGGAGAGUAAUGUGU